UGUCCGUAGCAGAUGGGAGAUGUUUACCAAGCGAGCCAACCGUUCCAAGAAAAGAAUCCCGCGAGUGACGAUAUCAGACAGCACAACACAGAUAGAAGAAGAGAGCCGCCUGCGCGUUAUAAAAGAGAGGAGAAGGCGAAAAUCUAAAAGCGAAUCGACCCUCCGCGAGGAGAGGGAGUGGAGAUCGGGUGUGCAUCGGAGACGAAGAGUCGAAGGACUGGCAGAAGCAGGGCGGCUGGGGUCGCGGGGCUCCAGCCGGCGACGGAGGAUAGGAGCCCAGGUCGUGUCUUGGUGGCGCUUGAAGGUUGUCUUCCCCGUCAAGCGAGCUUGGCUCGCCGUCUCCUCCCGCGUCAGGUCCCAGAAACACGGUGGGGGAAUUCUAAAGCUGUACGAUGAUGUUCAAAUGUGUGGAUACCAAGAUGUGCAGGUUAUGUGGGAGAUUUUAACCAGAUGUGAGAUGGAGACAUCAAACCUGGAGAAGCAGCGCAAGCGAUCGUUCUGCCGGCGGCCUUCUGUUCCCGUGGAAACUUAUGGGUGAAACAGCAGUGAGAGAGAGAGAGAGAGAGAGAGAGAGAGAGAGAGAUCAAACAAAGGCUGGAGUUAGUAUUACUUCUUCCAUGGUUCCCAAUCACCAGAGAUAGCUGUAAAGUCUAUAAAAAAAAUGUCAUAUGUUUUUAACAUGUACAUAUUAUAAUCAGAAACGUACCUCUCCCCUUCAAUAAAUUGAGGUGGAAGAAGGGCUUUGGAGCA